AUGCUCAUAUCCGGCGACAAGUUUGGUCACGUGGUCACGAAGAGCAUGCCCUUAAUAAAUGGAAUCAAUAUGCCCCGGGAACCGGUUGUCUUCGAACUCUCGUACUCUCGCGUCUUUAGUCUUAACCUAGGCCUUGCUUUCACCAUCUCGGUCCGAGCUCGCGAGUCCUCAUCCGAUCGUGAUAGUGGACGCGCGUAUCCAGAUAUUCGAUUCUCGGCCGCUCUACAUCUUCAAUGCGAAUCGCACAGUUCUCUUCAAACCCAGCAAUUCUGGGUCAUCAUGAAGUCGAAUAAAUUCCAUAUUUUUCCUCUCGGAAUUUUUAUAAUAUCAAUCCAAACUGUUCAAACCUCAGGUUACGAAAAUAAUGACUGCUUACGAGACUGCAAUGUUGAAACAGAACCGAAAACCUGCCGGUAUGAUUUCUACGUCACUCAGCUCACCGAUCUAACUAGGCGAUGUAAUGAUUCUGAAGAAGAGAGUAACGAAUACUGUCUAAUAAAUGGAAUCCAUAGGCAUCCUUUAUCAAUCAAUGGAAAAAGUCCUGGUCCAAAAAUAGAGAUUUGCCUGGGAGAUACUUUGGAAGUGUACUUAUAUAAUAAAUUGGAUUUUGAAGUCUCCUUCCAUUGGCAUGGGAUCCGACAGAAAGGAUUUGUUCACAUGGAUGGUGUUCCUAUGGUAACGCAAUGUCCAAUUCUACCGUUUAGCGCUUUUCGUUAUGAAAUGAAACCAGAUAAAAGUGGUACAUACUUUUAUCACGCUCAUUCAGUUUUGCAACAGGCUGAUGGAUUGUAUGGACCAUUGAUAGUUCGCGCUCCGGAUGAUAGUCAUGUUUCGGAGAAAGUAGUUCUUCUUUCAUCAAGAUCAACAUCCCCAUUGACAACUUUUUCACAAUCAAAAUUUCCUUGGCCAAUUGAAUUAUUAAUAAAUGAAAAGGGCAAUGGGUCGCAAAUAGACGUAAAGGAAGGAAUUCAUUAUUUGUUGCGCAUUGUUAAUGCGGCUGCUUUUAAUUGCCCAAUUUCUUUUUCUGUAGCAAAGCAUCAAUUAAAAGUAACGGCAACUGAUGGUAAUGAAGCCGAAAGUUUGGAACCAGCCACGCAUGUUAUCAUUUUUCCAGGUGAAAGAAUGGAUGUCCUUCUUGAAACAAAUCAAAAGCCUGGAAAAUAUCUCAUUAGCCUACAAGGACUUCUAGAUUGCAAAAAUUUAUCUCACGAAGCUAUUCUUACAUAUUCUGAAGCGAUUUCGAAAGAGAUAAUAAAAACGCAGGACAUUUAUUUAAGUCCUGAGAUUCUUGAGCUAUUGCAACUAGGAUAUGAUUGCAAUAAAUCGUCGAAAAAUAUAAUCUGCAGUUUAGAUUUGAAGAUGCCAACAAAUAAGUUACAUAAAUUGGAUAAACCUGCAGAAACAAUUUUCGUCCCUUUUGAUGUUAAUGCUUUUGGUGCUAUCACUGAUGAAAUGACUGAUGAAAGCUUUAACAUUUAUGAUUACACAUAUUACCCGGCAUACCUGAGUUUGCCGACGAAUGGCACAAAAAUAGCACAAGUCAAUAGAAUGACAUUUCAAUAUCCCUCUUCACCAAUUCUUUCACAACCCGAAAACACUCCAGAGGAUUUAAUUUGUUCUCUGGAGAGUCGAUCCAAGCUGUGUGAAAAUACACCUGUUUUUUGUGAAUGUGUUCAAAUUUUAGAACUCCCGCAGAAGAAAAUUGUUGAACUCAUUCUGAUAGACGAGGGAUUUGGUGGAAAUACAUCUUAUACUUAUCAUGUCCACGGUUAUCACGUAAAUAUUGUAGGAAGGCACAGUUUUGGACGACCAAUUUCGAAAGAGAAAAUAAUAUCUUUGCACCGCAAUAAAAAAUUGCAAUAUAAUUUAAAAGAUCCUCCCAAAAAAGAUACAUUUGUUGUGCCCAACAAAGGAUACGUCAUCGUUCGUUUUCACACAGAUAAUCUUGGGUGGUGGCUGUUCCAUUGUCACUUUGAUUGGCAUUCGAUUACAGGAAUGAAAUUGGUCAUACACGUUGGAGAACCAGAAGAUCUUCCUCCAAUUCCAGAAAAUUUUCCGAAAUGUGGACCGUGGCUACAUCCAAUUCAACCAUUUAUCGUGGGUUCAAGUCAGUUUUUCCAGUACGUUCCAGCACACGUAUGUAUAAACACGAUAUGGCUUUUCCGUAAUGCUGUUCCCCAGUGUCCUACUCAUACUGAGAAGAAGAAAAAAUAUGCGAGCGCGAGGAAUAGCUCCAGAAUCGCACGAUUAGAUCUCCACGCCGUGGAGAUACGUCGCUUCACGAGUUUGGGUGAAAGUUCAGUUGUUCAACGACCGCUUUCUGGGUGCCUAACAGUUAAUAAAGUUUUGGCCAAAAUCGCGGACUCCACGACGUGGAGAGAAAAGUUGCAGUACACAGCCUGGUUGGAACUGGGUGGCGGCUGCGUGCUGAAAUUUACAGUGCUCAGUGAAAUGGGAAGCGGACAGUCGCUGUUUGCUGAGUGUGUCAGUACGCGGUACCAAUUUGCUGCUAAUAAUGCUGGAACGUACUUUUAUCAUUCGCACAUCUCCACUCAUCGAAUGGACGGUCAAUACGGAAGUUUAAUUAUCCGUCAAACACCUUCUACGGAUCCUAAUUGGUCCCAGUAUGACGAAGAUCUUCCGUCUCAUGUGAUAUUAGUGAGUGACUGGAUGCACUAUUUGUCGACAGAAUUAUAUCCGGGACACAACUCCGAGCGCGGACAAACGCCAAAUAAUUUUUUGAUAAAUGGGAGAGGACGUCAAAUGGAUUCACCUUCGAAUAUUAUCCACACACAACUAGAAACUUUUUACGUAAAACCUGGAAAAAGAUACAGAUUUCGUUUCAUUAAUGCUUUCACUACCGUAUGCCCGACAAUCUUGACUAUCCAGAAUCAUAAUAUGUCUGUUAUUGCACAAGAUGCCGAUCCAGUGAAUCCAUCAUCAGUCACUUCUCUACAUUCAAGCGCUGGUGAACGAGUAGACUUUGUCCUGACCGCAAAUCAGAAGCCGGGUUCCUACUGGAUUCAACUUCUGUCCCGCAAUACAAUUAUAUGUCCGAACUUUGAGGAUUCACCUUCGAAUAUUAUCCACACACAACUAGAAACUUUUUACGUAAAACCUGGAAAAAGAUACAGGUUUCGUUUCAUUAAUGCUUUCACUACCGUAUGCCCGACAAUGUUGACUAUCCAGAAUCAUAAUAUGUCUGUUAUUGCACAAGAUGCCGAUCCAGUGCAUCCAUCAUCAGUCACUUCUCUACAUACAAGCGCUGGUGAACGAGUAGACUUUGUCCUGACCGCAAAUCAGAAGCCGGGUUCCUACUGGAUUCAACUUCGCGGAUUGAGAGAAUGUGCAGACAAAAAAAUUCACCAACUUGCAAUUCUCUCCUAUGUAGGAACUUCUAAAACGCUGCGUUCACGAGCUCCAACUUUCGAAAAACAACUACCUGAAGGAAGAGUUCACAAUCCAGCAGAUGGUAAAUGUGAUAAAAUAAGGUCAAACGCAAUCUGUGUCAAUCAGUUUAAAUCCAGAAAUGUUGUAGACUCCAGACUAACUAGUGGAGAACCUGAUGAAAGAUUAAUUUUACCAUUUAAUAUUUAUGAGUUCAGCCAGGAUAUCAAAAGCUUUUUCGUUCCCGGCACCUAUAAAACUUUUUUCCAGUCACCAUCUACAGCUGCUUCUGCAGGUACUAUAAAUUAUAUAGCAUACACACCUCCUAAAAUGCCUCUAAUUUCUCAAUAUCCUGGUCCGGAAGAUACCUGCAAUAGUAAUCGAAAUACUGAAAAUUGUGAUGACAUUUGCUAUUGUACCCAUGUUAUUGACAUAAAAAAAGAUUCAGUGGUUGAAGUCAUUAUAUAUGACGAAUAUCCUAUGAAACUUUUAACGCAUCCAUUUCACUUGCAUGGAUAUGCUUUCACGGUCUUAAAAAUUGGACCCAAGCAAACUAGUCGAAAUAUUUCUCGAAGUGAUAUAAACACGAUUAUGAAAAUACCACCCACUUUCUACUUUACCUCGUACGCGCAAUCAACACCCACUUUCCUCCUCGCCACGUACUGGAACACUCCAGUGCACCGUCAUCGCCCAGUUCCUACCUCAUUGAGUACUAGAACUCUCAGCACGCAGCCAUCACCGCAUUCCCACCACGCCGCUUACUGGAACUCUCCAGUGCACCGUAAUCACACACUUCCUCCCUCACUGAGUAACGGCACUCUCAGCACGCAUCCAUCACCUAAUUCCCAACAUGCCGCGUACUGA